GCCUGUGUGAGUGUGUGAGAGGGAGAGAGAGAGUGAGUGAGAGUGUGAUAGCACCGCCACAGCCUGAGGGAACAAACCCACCUCAUCAGCGGGGAAAAAAAGGGUACCAGCACCGGAGUGAGGGUCCCACACAGUUCCUCUAAACCCCCCGUGGAGCGAACACACUUUACCGGAGCUCGUGAGAGGAAACUUGUCCCGCGCGCAGAGAAAGAGAGAAAGUUGGCGCCUGAGCGCAGCGCGAGGCUGGAAGAUGUGAUCAGAGUUUCUAACGGCGACGCGUUUCUAACAGAGAAACAAAAUGAGAACUACCCUCCCUGGCACCGUUUGUAUUCUCAUCUUUCUCCAGACGUUGUGGUGGGGUGUAGAAGGACAAUGUAAGGAGCCCAAAGAAGUCUCCAAACUCAACCUUUCUGUGACCUAUGACCUCCCCCACUUUGUGUCAGAUACACCUGUCCAGAAGCUUCUAGUUUUCAAUGAAAGCGUUUAUGUUGGUGCUACCAACAAACUAUAUGCAUUGUCAGGAGACCUCAAGAAGAUGACUGAGUAUAACACUGUCCAUGAGGGUCAACGAUGUGCUUGCAAGAGCUGCAGAGACAAUCCAGCCAAUGCUAAUAACACUAACAUGGCUCUGGUGAUGGAGACCUACUACGACCCUGAGCUCUUCAGCUGUGGCACAGUUGGAAAUGGUGUCUGCAUCCGCCAUGUGCUGGAAGAUGGUAAACUAGACGAUGUGAACUGCAUGGGCUCGCAUAACGAAGACGGCAGUCAGUAUAUCGCCGGCCCUGCGGGAACCCAGAUUGUUAACGUCUUAGCUGGUGGUGUUGUAAGGUUCUUUGUCGCUAAUUCAGAGCCUCUUGCCUCCUUUCCAAGGUCUUCUGAGCGUGUCCACCACACAAUCUCUGUGAGAAAGAUGUGGGAGACCCAAGACCGCUUUGAGUUUGUCUCUAAGCAGUCCUACAUGGACCUAGCACCUGAGUAUCCCCUGAACUAUGUCUAUUCCUUCCUAAGUGGUCAGUAUGUUUACUUUCUCACUGUGCAGAGAGAAAGCAGCAGCUCCAAGGUCUUCCACACCCGCAUUGUGCGCAUGUGCUCCUCCGACCUGGAGCUUUUGCACUAUGUGGAGAUGCCCUUCGAGUGUAUCUACUCGGAGAAAGGCAGGAGGAAACGUUCGACCCAGAUGGUGUUCAAUGUCCUUCAGGCAGCACAUGUAGCCAAAGCUGGCAGUGACCUGUCCAAGGAGAUGGGUCUGAAGGAAGGAGAAGAUGUGCUGUUUGCUGCCUUUGCUCGCAGCAAACCUGACUCUCCUGAACCCACAGCCAGCUCUACGGUGUGUGUGAUUUCUAUUGCCGAAAUCAACAAGUUCUUCACAGGCUUCAUGCAGCAGGGCCACACUAAGCCACUCUACCACUUCUCAGACUCUGAACUGAAACCCUACAAUCAGAGCUCUUUAGGUGAUUCGUUUGGCUGUGGAAAACAUGAGAAGGGCUACAGGCUGGAGGUCACCAGGACGCACCCACGUAAAGACUGGUUUAACGGCCGAUUCCGGAAUGUUCUCCUCACCUCCAUUACUGUGGUGCCCAUGCAGAACCACACUGUGGCUACGCUGGGGACUGCAGAAGGGAGGGUUAUCCAGGUGGUGGUUUCCCGUUUUGGCAACACGGAGCCGCAUGUGGACUUCCUCUUGGACGCUCUUCCCGUGUCCUCAGAGGUGGCCCUGCUGUCUCCACAGCGACCAGACGCCGCCGUACUGCUGGUCACAGGAAACAAGGUGUCUAAAGUGCCUGUGAUUGGUCCAGGCUGUGAGCAGUUGUGGAACUGCAGCUCAUGUCUCCUGGCACCGUCCUUCAUGGGCUGCGGAUGGUGCAGGAACAGAAACCUCUGCACUCGGUCAGCUCAGUGUGAGACUUACCUUUGGAGCCAAGACUCCUGCCCCAUUCUCAUCAACGAGAUCUUUCCUACCACCGCUCCACUGAAAGGCCGCACCAACAUCACAAUCUGUGGCAAAAACUUUGGCUUCAGUAAGAAAGAUCGAUUUAAUGCCAGUAUUGUUGACAUUGAGGUGGCUGGAGCAAAGUGCAGGUUGACCAAGAAGGACAGUAGCAACCAUCGGUUGGUUUGUGGCCUCGAUCAUGUGAAUGUGUCCAGUUCUGACCCAUGGGUUAGAGUACGCAGUGGUAAGGAGCAGGGGCAGAUCAAGGGCUUCACAUUUGUGAACCCUGUUAUUAAAGGAAUCUUCCCUGAGUUUGGGCCUAAAUCUGGUGGAACCACGCUGACCAUUACGGGAUUGUACCUGAACAGUGGGAGCUCACGAAAGGUUACAAUUGGAAGUGCCACCUGUGAAAUUCAGACUGAAUCAGCUACCGUGCUGACUUGUCAGACUCCAUCUCAACACUCGCCAUCCCAGCACAAAGUGCAGCUGCGUAUCGAUGGAGUGACCCGUGAAGCUCCUGCCAACUACACCUACAAUGAGGACCCACUCAUCCACAGUGUCCAGCCCACACGCUCCUUCAUCAGCGGAGGCAGCACAGUGAUAGCGUCUGGCGUCUACCUCCACUCAGCCAUGCAGCCUCAGAUGGUCCUCAGCGGCCCUCCCUUCACCAAGGACAAAGAGGUUUACGUGACGUGCACACAGGAUGAAGACAAGCUGACCAUCGUCUGCAUCACUCCUUCACUUAAAGGCCUGAAUAUUCGGCCUCCGGUCGCCACUAAGAUGAAGUUUGUGCUCGAUGGAUUCUUAACACGGGAAUAUGACUUGACCUAUGUGGAAGACCCCAAGUUUGAGGAGUUUCAGAAGCCCACGCUGACUCCCAGAGGCAGUAAGAGCGUGCUGGAGAUUAAGGUUCCUCGUGUAGAUGUGGAGGCGGUGAAGGGAGAAGUUUUGCGGGUGUCCAACCGCUCAUGUGUGAGUGUGGCUCUGGUGGGAAACACACUGGAGUGCACUGUGCCCCCUGAGCUUCAGACCGCCACCAAAGAGCUGGAGGUGGAGUGGAUGCAGGCCUCCUCCUCAGUGAUUCUGGGUCGUGUAGUUCUGGCGCAGGAGCAGGACUACAAGCCGCUGAUCGUUGGUGUGGUGUGUGUGUCCAUCCUGCUGGUCAUGCUGCUCGCGCUCUUCGCUUGGAUCAGGAGGAAGAAGCACAUCGAUGAUUUAGCUGAGGGGAUGGUUUGGUAUGACGGCCGUGCUCACAUUCCGCACUUGGACAUGCUGGCAAACGCGAGGAGUGUGAGUCCCACUAAUGAAAUGGUGUCUCACGAGUCUCUGGAUUAUAGAACCACUUUGCUUGAGGACCAGAGCUUGCCGAUGUCUCCGAGCGAGUCGUGUCGGCCUCCUCCGUAUGCUCAUGCACAUGUGGAUCUGUCGCCCAUGCUGGGGGCUGAAGGAGACCUGGCCUCCCCACUGCUGCCUGUUUCUGCUCCUGUAGACCUGAGCAGCCUGCACCCCGAGCUGCUAAAGGAGGUGCAGCAUGUGGUCAUUGCCAGAGAGGACCUGCUACUACACGUCAGUGAGAUUAUUGGAAGAGGUGAGAUGAUAAUGGAUCAUUUUACAGAAGAAUGUCAUUGGCCAGCCAAUGGAAACAUUCACAGUUUAACCUCUUAAUUUUCUUUAUUUUACAUAACAUGUACAAGCCAGGCACACACAAAACACCAUACUUUACACUGUUAGGAACCCAGCUCUCAAAAAGAGCCCCUUUUUACUGUAACUAUUGUGAACUACUAGGCCUGUCACAACUAUAGUCACCUGAUUGCAAUUAUUUGAACUAAUCACACUUAUUCAAGAUGGCUGCAAUUAUUUUACUCAAUUGUUUGAUUAAGUGACCCUUAUUAGUCCCACAAUGGGUAAAUUUCACCUCCACAUUUUACUCACUCAUGCAGUGAAACACCACAUACACACUAGUGAGCACACACACUAGGGGGCAGUGAGCACAGUUGCCUGGAGCAGUGGGUUGCCCUAUCCGCAGUGCCCGGGGAGCAGUUGGGGGUUAGGUGCCUUGCUCUAGGGCACUUCAGUCACAUACUGUCGUCCCAGGGGAUCGAACCAGCGACCUUCCAGGGCUUCUUCCCUAACCACCAGCCCAUGACUGCCCCCACAAGAUUGUGGACACUUGAUUGUGAACACUUGAUUUGUGUUCACAAUCAAGUGUUUACAUUGCAACAAACAACGGGAAUUAGUCGCUUUUCAUUCAUUAAGUUGAAGCACAUAUAAAUAAAAGAAAGCGCGUUAAUUGAGACACAUCACAGGUUUAUUAAAACAACAAAACAUCUUUGAACCAGGUGGCAGAAUUUGUUUAGAGGGCAGCAGUGAGUACUGUUUUAAGCUUGAGCUGUUUUGAUCUUUGCUUGGGAGUUACUGAGUAUCAAUAGCUACAAAGGCAGCUAGCUAAUCUACCAAUCUGGGCACUUUAAGCAUGUAAUUUAUUAAUUGGAUCCAUUGAACAAAAAAGACAAAUUGUUAAUUGCAGUUAAUGAUGACAGUCAUCAGAUUUGAGCCUCACUGCUCAUAUCUAGAUGCACACCCAUAACAAGUGACUGGAGAACACCUUAUUAAUAGUUAAAGUUUGACCUCCACUUACUGCUUGUUUUUUCUUGAAUAAUAGCUAUAAGUACUGUUAAGCAAUGAAUGGAUUAACCUGUGCGUUCAAAAGUACCCUUGAUAUUACACAAUUCCACUUAAACAGAAAUGAUCCUAGACAUUUGGGAUGUAACAGUGCAUUGUGGCAUGAUUUGAUUUGAUUGUCAAUACUGGAUUCACAAUUUGAUAUUCCUGUGAUAUUUUGAAAAAAAAUUGAAUGAAGUGAAAUGAUGACUAUAUUCAUGUUGAUGCACAGAUUACUAAUGAACACGCUGGUUUGGUUUCUUCAUUGGUGCUGGUUGUUUGCAUACUAAACGAUGCAGUUGCAUUUGAUGCCAUAAUUUAUAGAAUACCUGAUCUCCAAGAUGCACUGUCACAUUUACCCAGGCCGAACAAUCCACACAUCCACCAAAUCUUCCAGCCUGCUCUAGUCGCAAGUGAACUGAGCAAGUAUGACUGGGCGAUACAUAAAUGGUUAAAUAUAUAAAUAUAUAUUAAAUACAUAAACAAAUAUCCAGUGUUUCUGCUAUAUGUAUUUACACAUUCAGACUUACACAAUACAAUAACUGACUGCUUGAUUGCUCUGGUUUGAUAUGACAACUAUAGUAUAGAAUGUGCACUUGCAGUCAUUAUAAAAUGAGCUUUUAAGGAAUCUGAAGCCAUUUAAAAUGAUCUCUGAUCAGCGCGACACUGUCGAGUGUCUGCUUGGUAAAUUGUCUGUCUACCCAUUGUGCUGCAGAAGUGGGGGUGUGAACUCAGCUAGAUCAGAUUUACUGUGGAGCUCUGCAGAAAAGACCUUUCCCAUCAUGCUCACUCUUUACUCCUGCACAGAACGCCCUAAAAUCCCUCUAACCCCACCGCAGACCCCCUGGGAAAGCCAAGCUGCAUGUGUGUGGAUGUGUGCGUGUAAGUAAGCAUCAAUGUGUGUGUGUUGGGUUGCUUGGUGGGACGUGUGGGGUGUGUGUGGUGAUUUGUUCCCGUGUUAAGUUCCCGGCUCAUUGUUGGACUGUCUCGAGGCUCCUUGUGGUAAUCUGACUCGGCUGCCAUCUGGGAGGACGUGAUAGCAGCUCAGAGGGGAGAUUACUCUCCUCUCCACACCAUUAUUUUAACACACAUACAUACAUGUCACCCCCCAAAAACACUGCUGCCCCACCUUCAGUUAUAGCACGGUGUGCCACAGGAGACUUUUGGAGAGAAUUCACACGCGUGCUUUUGUUCUAAUUAUUUAAUCUCUUUUUAGGCAAGUAGUGAUUGGGAGAUUCCUAGUUGUUCCAAGUCAGUCAGCUCCGUUUUACCUCAAGUGUAGACAGUGGAAAGAAGAUUUAAAGGAUAUUGUGGAUGUGGAAGUGAAAAGAUAAAUGAUAAAACACUAUAUUAAUAAAAGAGAAGGAUUAACAUUAGGGUGCUGCACACCACAAAAAGCGGCUGUGUUUGCAGUAGCAAAUCCUGAAACUCUGCCAUAAACAUCAGAACAUUCUAGAAGGCUACAUCACUGCACUGUUUAAAGCAUGUGUGUCAGGCUCCAGUCCUCGCAGUCCAAAACACUGCAGAUUUUAGCACAAUGCCUUAUUAACCCAACACAACCCCAACACCUGACUUAGCUCCUCUGCUAAUUAACAUGGCCUUCAUGAGCCAUGUUAGAAUUUAGAAUGUCAGAUGAUGCCAAUCUCUGCAGAACUUUGGCCCAGAAGGUCCCCAGUUUGACGUGCCUGGUUUAAAGCCAAAUGUCAAAUGUACACAAGUUCCUCUUCAAACGUAAAUGUAAAUGUAGGAAAUCAGCCAAGACAAGUUUGGCGCCUGAAGUUUACGUCUUUGGUUUUGCACUGGAGCUACAACACUAAUAUAGCUAGUGAGUAACAAAAGCUGUAAGCAGUGUGCAAAUGGCAUCAAUAAAAAUGAACAAAGUUUUUAGUUUAGUUUUAGUCAAAUACUUGUAGUUUUAUACUUGUGUUCAUUUUUAGAUAACGUUUAGUCGUAGAGUCUCAAAAUCUUCAUGAGCAAGUCUGUUUGAGAUUACUUACCACCUCCAUGGUUUGAGAUAAGUUUUGUUAAGUGUUGGCACACAGUUUGCACAAUGCUAAUUGGUCAGUGUAAUCCUCUAUUACUUCUUAGCUACCUUAACCUCAUAGUUCCAGAACAAAACUAAAGACAUGAAGCCCAGGCAUGAAACAUGUCUUGGCUUACAUUUGAGGUAAAGGAAAAUCUGUAUAAAUUUGAUUUGUGGCCCAACCAUCGCUUUAAGUAUGUGUUUUCAGUUGAUGUACAGCUGUUCUUGAGUCAUUUUGUGUGUAUUAGAGCAGGAAAUGCUCUACUUUGUACUGCAUGUGUAUUGGAGCACACCGUCACUAAUAACGUCAGGUCCAUCCAUGAUUACCAUUCAAAAUAAAGUCACUCUUAUGUCUGAACUCACUCAGCAUUGCACUAUGACACUGCAUCAUCAUCGUCAUAAUCACAGAACUUGUAUGGUGAAAGUCUAGUAUGGGAAAAUUUCCUCUCAGUUGGUGAGAGAACCUCAGAGAAAAAGAAGGAGAUACGGGGGAGACAGGGUGGAGGAAACACUAACACUUAUACUACAUUGUUGUGCUGUCUACACUGCAGUCAUUAGCACUAGUGCAGCCUUGGGGAUUCUUUAUUGUUAGAGUUGUGAAAAGCUCAAUGAAAUAAAAUCCCCGUGUCCAUGCAGCCGGAGUAAUGAGGAGUUUUGAUAGAUUGAUGUACUGAUGCUGUACUAAUGGUCUUUUUCUCUCCCUCUGUACCAA